AAUUGGUCUCAAGGAUAUAUGUAUUAUGGUAAAAUGUAUGAAAAUAUUAUUGAUAAUAUUAUAAGAAGAAAUGUAGAAAAGUGUGAUUCUUUACAAUCAUUUUAUAUUACUUCAUCUUUAGGAGGAGGAACAGGUUCUGGAUUAGGUUCUUAUAUAUUAGAAAUGUUAUCUGAUACAUUUCGACAAAUUAAAUUUAGUAAUUGUGUUUUUCCUUCAGUAUGUGAUGAUGUAAUUACAUCUCCUUAUAAUAGUUUUUUUGCUCUAAAUAAAAUUCAUGAAUUUUCUAAUUGUGUAUUGCCAGUAUCUAAUGACGCCCUUUUAAAUAUUUUGAAUAGCAAAAAAUUAAGAGAAAUUGACAAAACUCUAAAAAAUAACAAUAUAAAUAGUGCUAAUGACAAGAAUACAUCUAUUGUUAAAAAUGAUUAUUCAAAGAUGAAUAAUAUUGUUGCUAACGUGAUAUUAAAUUUAACUAGCUCAAUGAGGUUUGAAGGUUCUUUAAAUGUUGAUAUAAAUGAAAUAUGUACUAACCUAAUACCUUAUCCAUUUUUUAAUUUUUUACUUUCCUCUUUAAGUCCAUGCAUAGAAUCAGAAAGUAUAAGGACAUUUGAUCAUUUGUUUAAAAAUGUGUUAAGUCAAAAUAAUCAAAUGCUUAUUGCUAAUCCUAAAGAUGGACUUAGUUUAUCUAUGGCAUUUCUAGUAAGGGGAAAUAUAAACAUAUCUGAUGUUACGAAAAAUGUUUUGUUAAUAAAAAAUAAUUUAAAUAUUUUAAAAUACAACAAAGAUGCCACAAAAAUUGGUAUCUGUAAUGUUUCCCCUUUAAAUCAACCAUAUAGUUUAUUAUGUUUAAUAAAUUCUUGUGAAAUCAGAAAUACAUUUUUACAAAUACUAGAAAGGUUUAAUAAAUUAUUUAAGAGGAAAGCUCAUUUACACCAUUAUUUAGAAUAUUUAUCAAUGGAUGAUAUUUUAGAAUUUAAAGAAAAAAUACAAAACUUAAUUUUCGAAUAUAGUUACAUACAGAAAAAUUUAUUUUGUUCUCCAAAGUUUUUAAAUAAAAAAGCGAUUAAUAUGUUAGGUUAUGACAUAUGUGAAGAAGGUGAUGUUAAUGUUACUAAUAAGGAUAAUACAGAUCUAGAUAUUACAGUUUGUCCUUAUUAUUUAAAAUCAAAAUUGAAAAAAUACGAUAAAACGGUCAACUGGUUUGAUUUUAAAAAUAAGCCAAUCAUAUAA